CCCAAGAUGGCGGUGCCCAGUGAGAUGGAGGAGGAGGUGGCCGUUUACCUGGUAGUGAGCGGUAUCCCUUCGGUGUUGCGCUCGGCCCAGCUACGGAGCUACUUUAGCCAGUUCCGGGAGCAACGCGGUGGUGGGUUUCUCUGUUUCCACUACCGGCAUCGGCCUGAGCGGGCCCCUCCCCAGGCUGCUUCCGACUCUGCCCUGGCUCCUAUCGAGCCUGCCGCUGAGGGCCAGGUUCUCGCCCAGACUUCGGCCGCCGACGCCCGUGCUCUCUCCGCCCGGGAUUCUGCUCCGGUCCAGACUCGCACCUGCUGCUGCGUUAUCUCGGUACGGGGGGCGGCUCAGGCCCAGAAAUUUCUUCGUAUGUACUCUGGCCGACAGUGGCUGGAUUCUCAGGGGACUUGGCUGCCGGGUCGCUGUCUCAUCCGCAGACUUCGGCUACCUACUGAGACAUCAGGCUUGGGCUCCUUUCCCUUCAAGACCCGAAAGGAGCUACAGAGUCAGAAGGCCAAGGGUGAAACCUUCACCCUAGCUGACCUGAGACAACUGCCAGAGCUGAACCCACCAGUGCUGAUGCCCAGUGGAAAUGUGGGGACUCCCCUACGCACAUUUUUGGAGUUGAUCCAGGCCUGCCGCCUACCCCCCCGGAUCAUUACUCAGCUGCAGCUCCAGUUCCCCAAGACUGGUUCCUCCCGGCGCUAUGGCAACGUGCCUUUUGAAUAUGAGGACUCAGAGACUGUGGAGCAGGACGACCUUGUGUACACGGCUGAGGGCGAGGAAAUACCCCAGGGAGCCUGCCUGGCCAAUACACCAGCCAGUCCCUGUGGAGAGCCGGAGGAGGAAGGGGAAAAGGAGGAAGAAGAGUCUCAGUCAGAUGAUGAUGAAGACCAGUGUGAGGAGUGGGAGCGGCAUGAAGCUCUGCAUGAGGAUGUGACCAGGCAGGAGCGAACAACUGAACGGCUCUUCGAGGAAGAGAUUGAGCUCAAGUGGGAGAAGGGUGGCUCUGGCCUGGUGUUCUACACUGAUGCCCAGUUCUGGCAGGAGGAAGAAGGAGACUUUGAUGAACAGACAGCUGAUGACUGGGACAUAGACAUGAGUGUGUACUACGACAGAGAUGGUGGAGACAAGGAUGCCCGAGACUCUAUCCAAAUGCGUCUGGAACAGAGACUCCGUGAUGGCCAGGAGGAUGGCUCUGUGAUCGAAGGCCAGGUGGGCACCUUUGAACGCCACACCAAGGGAAUUGGGCGGAAGGUGAUGAAACGGCAGGGCUGGGCCGAAGGCCGGGGCCUGGGAAGCAGGUGCUCCGGGGUGCCCGAGGCCCUGGAUAGUGAUGGCCAGCACCCUAGGUGCAAGCGUGGAUUGGGGUACCAUGGAGAGAAACUACAGCCAUUUGGUCAAAUGAAGAAGCCCCGUGGAACUGGCUUGGGGCUCAUUUCCACCAUCUAUGAUGAACCCCUUCCCCAGGACCAGGGAGAGUCACUGCUCCGCCGUCAGCCACCCACCAGCAUGAAGUUUCGGACAAAUAUGGCCUUUGUGAGGGGCUCCAACUGUGCCUUGGACAGCCCUUCAGAGCCUGAGUGACAGGGUCAGAGGCUUCCUUGAUUAAGAUCACUUAUAAACUGCAGGAUGCAGCUCUCUGCCCCAGCCUUACAUACCACAGAAGCAGGAGUCUGGGAGCAGUAGAUGGAAUCUGCUCAGGGUGCUUUGUUCUGAACCUGCCUUCCGCUUUUCUACCUCGAGGUCAUUUUUACAAAAAGCUCGCUGCCUACCCCUUUGAUAGUAGGGCUUACUGAACUCUCCUCGUUGGUCUCCUAACCCCAAGUCUCUAGGUUUGCUCUUGCCUCCUUAAGUACUUUUGAAAAACAGUAUUGAGCAAGGUUAUCAGCACACAAUUCCUUGGGGACUCUGAGAGAAUUCACCAUGAAGGUCAGAAAGAGAAGGAAAAGGACCUGAAAGAGGAGCGGAUUUGUGGGGUUCGGGAGAAAUGGCCUUGGGGCGGGCCCUUCACUGCCGUCUGCCCCUCUGUCCCUCCUUGGCUGGGAUCUGUCAGCGGAGCCUCCGCGAGAGAAGGCCCGGGCCUGCGGCGUUACUGGAGAAUAAACACUUUUACGACUGGAGUUGUCUGUUUCGGUU